AUGCUCGACAAGGAGGCCCAAGAGGUGCCUGACGAAGCACUCAUCAUCCUCGAUGGCGACCUCAAUGGCCAUGUCGGGGAGACAGCGGACGGAAAUCGCAGCCACGGCGGCAAGGACUAUGACCUACGCAACAACGGCGGCGACCGCGUGCUCGAUUUCGCUGAUGCCCACGACCUCGUGAUCACCAACGGGUGGUUUUGGGAGCCGCACUCACAUCUUGUGACCUAUUACUGUGACGGCAUGAAAUCGCAGAUCGAUCCACUACAUCUUCUCUCCUCCAGUCCCCGGCCCAUUACGCUCAUCGCCACCAAAGAGGCCACUGAGGUUCUAAAGAGGAUGAAGCUCGGUGAUGCAGCAGGACCUGGCAACAUUGUAGCAGAGCUCUGGAGCGCCAGUAUCUGUAACCCCUCUCCUUGA